AUGAGUACCCGCGAUUCUAACAAUUCGGAGGGGAUUCUGACCAGCGCUGUUGUGCCCUCCGUGCCUGGCUUCAGGGUGGAAAACGGACCCGAUGGCGGCAACUGUUUCGCUUUUUUGCCGACCCAGCUAAACGAUCUAUUCAACCCGAAAUCAGUGGAGGGGUUCUGCUCUUUGGGUGGACUUUAUGGACUGGAGUAUGGACUACGAACCGAUCUAACUGCCGGGCUACAGUCCGAUGAGUCCCUUCUGUCAGGAUGUAUCUCUCUCGAGGACGUGAAACAGGUCGCAUUGGCAAAGACCACAACAUCGCAACGACCGCUACUCAGCAAUCAAGUUCAUGCAGCUCGAGGCAAAACGGAUGGCUUGCCAUUUUACGAUCGCGUAAGGGUUUUCGGGCGCAAUGUAUUGCCUGCGACAAAACGAAAAGGGUUUGGACGAUUGCUGUGGGAUGCCUACAAUGACCGAAUAAUUCUUCUUCUCACGGCAGCUGCAGUUGUGUCGCUAUCGUUAGGCAUCUAUGAAGCUGCCAGCGGACAGUCGCAGGUAGACUGGAUCGAGGGUGUGGCUGUUUGCGUGGCAAUUUUCAUUGUCGUCUCGGCUACGGCCGUAAAUGACUGGCAGAAGGAGAGACAAUUCGUACGUCUGAAUAAGUUGAAAGUGGAUCGUGAAGUCCGUGUCAUCCGUUCCAAUCAGUCCAUAAUGGUUCACAUUCACGAUCUGACGGUCGGAGAUAUCGUGCAUCUCGAGCCUGGAGAUUGUGCACCAGCUGAUGGAGUCGUAGUCACAUCUUACGGGCUAAGAUGCGAUGAGUCAAUGGCAACAGGCGAGUCUGAUCAUAUUGAAAAACACACUGGUUUCGAGGUAUUCGAUUCGGCUACCGCGAAAGUCUCAAACGAAGAUAUGGACCCAUUCAUCAUAUCUGGAAGUAAGAUCCUCGAGGGACUGGGAACUUAUCUGGUGCUAAGUGUGGGACCUAACUCUACUCAUGGGCGCAUUAUGGCUGGACUUGCCGUUGAAAGUGACCCAACGCCUCUGCAGGUCAAGCUGAGUCGCUUGGCAAAGUGGAUAGGCUGGUUCGGACUUGGGGCAGCUCUCCUGCUAUUCUUUGUUCUUCUAUUCCGCUUUCUGGCUCAACUGCCAGAAAAUGACGCAUCGUCUACAGAAAAAGGCCAGAUCUUCAUGGAUAUCUUGAUUGUCGCAGUAACGGUAAUUGUGGUCGCGAUCCCAGAGGGACUGCCACUCGCUGUGACGCUAGCGCUAGCCUUUGCGACGGCCCGUAUGCUUAAAGAACAGAAUCUGGUUCGCCAACUGCGCGCGUGCGAGACCAUGGGCAAUGCAACUGUUAUCUGCUCAGACAAGACCGGCACGCUCACACAGAACAAAAUGACAACUGCUCUGGGCAUACUGGGUAUAGUCGACUCCUUCGAACAGUUACAUACGGCCGCCUCUAGCCCGGGGGAUGUCGCGGUUAGCUUUCCAGAAGCCAUGAACCGAUACCCUGUGGCAUUUCGUGAUCUACUCGUCAAAAGCAUAACCGCGAACUCCACUGCAUUCAAAGAAGAGCGGGAAGGACGGUUGGAGCUGGUUGGAAACAAGACCGAUAUUGCACUUUUGCACCUGGUGCAGGAGCACCUCGGGGUGCAUGACAUCAGCCGAGAGCGGGCUGAUAUUGAUACUCUACAGAUCUAUCCAUUUGACUCAACCCGCAAGGCAAUGGCGUUGGUGUACCGUGUCGAUCACUCUAGGUGUCGUGUACUUGUAAAGGGAGCAGCAGAGGUAGUUCUGAGGGCAUGUACAACCAUCGUCGCCCCAGGACCAUCCACCCAAAGGGAUAUAUCAACUCUAGAAAUGAGUGCGACCGACCAUAAAACCUUGAAUCGGGCAAUCAAGGCGUACGCCUCUGCAUCGCUACGCACCAUAGGGCUGGCAUAUCGUGAUAUCGCAAUGGAACUAGUCACUGGAAACGAGUCCCAAGAGAAGGCCGGCAUCGGGUUCGAGGAGCUUUUUGGAGAUAUGACAUGGAUUGGACUGUUUGGGAUUCACGAUCCCUUGCGACCGGAGGUAACAGAUGCAAUUCAGCAGUGCCACUCAGCCGGCGUCAAGGUCAAGAUGGUGACCGGUGACAACCUUAACACUGCAUUGGCGAUAGCCGAAUCCUGCGGUAUUAAGACGGAUGCCGGUAUUGCUAUUGAGGCUCCCGAGCUUCAUAAGCUAAAUAAUGAUGAACUUGAUAUGAUCAUCCCGCGCCUUCAAGUAUUGGCUCGCUCAUCUCCAAGUGACAAACAGCUUCUUGUAAACCGUUUAAAGCACCUUGGGGAAAUUGUUGCCGUGACUGGUGACGGGACCAAUGAUGGCCCGGCACUCAAGUCAGCCGAUGUGGGCUUCUCAAUGGGACUAAGUGGAACUGAAGUGGCGCGAGAAGCAAGUUCAAUCAUCCUUUUGGAUGAUAACUUUAAGUCUAUUGUCACUGCGAUAGCCUGGGGCCGGUGCGUCAAUGAUGCUGUGGCCAAAUUUUUGCAGUUUCAAUUGACAGUAAAUAUCACGGCAGUAUGCCUGACUGUUGUGACCGCCAUAUACAAUAGCUCCAACGAAAGCGUGUUUAAAGCAGUGCAAUUGUUGUGGUUGAAUCUAAUCAUGGACACAUUUGCAGCGCUAGCUCUAGCGACCGAUCCGCCCACCCCGGAAAUAUUAGAGCGUCCCCCCACUCCCCGGAACGCAUCAUUGUUCACCGUGACCAUGUGGAAGCUAAUGCUUGGCCAAUCCAUCUACAAGCUGGCGUUGUGCUUCACACUAUAUUUUGCUGGGGACAAGAUAUUGAGUCUCGACAUGGAUGAUCAGAGUGAAAGACUGCAGCUCAACACCAUUAUCUUCAACACCUUCGUAUGGAUGCAGAUCUUCAACGAAUUCAACUGUCGCCGGCUGGACAACAAGUUUAAUGUCCUCGAGGGUGUUUGGAAGAACACGUGGUUUAUCGUGAUCAAUAUUCUGAUGGUGGGCGGCCAGAUACUCAUUAUCUUCGUGGGCGGCGCGGCGUUUGGCGUGGUCAGAUUGAAUGGCACCCAGUGGGCAAUCUGUCUUGGAUGUGCGGUGGUUUGUAUUCCUUGGGCGGCGGUGCUGAAAUUGAUCCCAGACCAUUAUGUCGCAUAUCUUCUGAAGUUCGCAGGUUGGUGUCUAUUUGCAGUCCUUCGGCCAUUGAGGCGGGUGGUACAAGUGCUUGGACAGGCGAUCACACAAAUCGGCUGCGGGUCCCUGGUGCACCGAUGGCACUUGCGCAAGCAUUCCACAAUAAAGACUCACGCCGACGAGGAGACUGGAAACCAUCCAGAUUCGACGGGAUAG